GCGGCCAGCUGCCAAGUGCUAGUUGUGACUGCUGCUGCCCGGCUGCUGGGAGAGGGCUGCAGCCUGUGAGCGCCCAGCACACCACACCGGCCAUGUGCAGCAGCCUGUGAGCGCCCACCACACCGUCCAUAUGCAUGUGCCCCCCGUGCAGCAGCCUGUGAGCGCCCACCACACCGGCCAUGUGCAUGUGGCCCCCAUGCAACUGGGAGAGGGCUGCAGUAACCCCUGAGCUGCCUGUGCACUGUGCGACAGAGUAAUGCUGCCAGUGAGACCAGCAUCAGCAGACGGCUUUGUGAUGGGGCUGCUGUAUAUAAUGCACGUUCUAUAUACCCCGGCUGCAUGUGUGCCCAGCGUGAGUGUGGGUGCCCCGGUGGGCGCAGGACGUGGGCUCCGGCGGUGCAGGGGUUACAGCUCACCACUAUCACACAUUACUGCACUUUCUUUGUACGUUUCCGCAUUGUCACCAUUUCCGCUCCCCCUUCCUUUUCCAAAAAGCACAAACUUUGCUGCUGCGCCUAGCCCUCCGACCAUGGAUGACCCCGAAGCGGCGGAGCAGCCCCGGGCACCCCAGUCCGCCCUCAGAGCCAUCAUCCCGGGGAAGGAGUUCCUGAGCUCUCGCAAAGGGCAGCUGCUGCUGGCAGAGUGGGUGGUUUCCUUCCUGACGUUCAUCUGUUACGUUGCAUCGUCCGCCGUGAGCCUCAUGACGGUGCCCCUCAUAGAGUUCCUGUGGGGUCUCUUCACAUUUUUUGCCUAUUCCACUAAACUGAAUGAGCAGCUGAAGGGGAUUUUGUGGCCUCUGCUGGACUUCAUUCGCUGUGUCUCUGCUGCCAUUAUAUAUUUUGUAAUAUCACUUGUGGCUUUGUCAAAGUAUUCCUGUGGCGCGUCCAAAGCAGCUGCGGUGCUAGGAUUUAUUGCAACCAUUGUGUAUGCCAUAGAUUUCUACCUGAUCUUCAAUGACCUCAUAAAGUUUCUAAAGAAGGGGGAAUCAGAAGAGACUGAACCUCAACAACAGAAGUCAGAUGAUGAGGAUUUUGACUCAGAUUCUGACUGAUGGGUUUUGUUUGUAACUCACCAUUGAGAAGACAGUGACCAUUCUCCAGGACAACAGGUGAACAUCUUUCCAUCAUGACUACCCCUGUGGAUACUUGCGGUCAAGACAAAAGCGCAAAGUAACCUAUUAUACCCAUUGAGGGAAGAGUGGAUAAACUUUAUAUAACAUUUUAUAAAAUUAAGAGGAGACCCAAUCUAUCAUUAGACUGUGGAUGUCAUUCAUUGCUAUUUCUGCAGAUGAGCUUCCAGUAAGGUGUUAUAGUCUGUACUUUAUUAGGUAGUACAGUAAUUCCAAUGCCAUCCUCAGCAGCUGAUUCAGAUACAAGAUGCUUAGAGAACGGAUUAGAACAGUAACAGCGCCCUCUUGUGGCAAAUGUGCAGAAAAGCAGUACAUACUCCUCUCCAAUACCUUGUAUAUGUUGGCUAGGCAUUUUUUGGUUAUAAAGGAUGAGAAAAGGUGGACUCUUAUUAUUCAGGAUCGUUAAGUGGGGAGUUUUUAAAUAAAAUAUCAGUUACCAAACGUGUUAUACUAAGGAUUCUAAAAAGAUUCUCUACACUACGGAUAACAAUUGUGCUGACACGCAAGUAGUGAUCCAAACAUAUAUAGGAAAGUUCACGUCGGACAACAAGUGCAUUUUGGAGAUCAGUAAAUAAAUCACUUGGGAUUGGAAUACUCCGAAACCUCUUAGGAAUGAAUCUUCACGGAGGUCAGGAAAAAUGAGGCAACGCGAAGGUGUCGUAGCGUGUUCCAGGGAUAGAACGUCGUGACAACACAAAUUCCAGGCGGAAAGCAUUGCCGAUCCGAGAUGGGACCAAUAACUUUUAUUUUUUAUUUGCAGAGCAUCUCUCUACUUAGCAAUAAAGUGCCUUGUGUUUACUUACAUUGUUUGAGGCGAUUAUUGCAUGUAAAUAAAUAUGUACAAUAAAAGAAAACCCUUCACACAA